CUUUACGUGGUCUUUACGACGAAAUAUUCUCCUUCGCUUUUACGACGAAAUAAUUUCCUCGCUACGUUACGACGAAUUAGCGAGGAUAUAUGCGUUACGACAAACGUAUAACAACGAAACGGGUUCCUCGCUAAUUCCUCGUAACACUGCUUUUACGACGAAGUGACGAGGAAAACUGCCCUCGUAAAACUUUUGUUUUCUUGUAGUGCAUUGGAAUGGGGGGUCUCCACUUCAUGGAGCCCCAAUUUGAAAAAAAAAACUUAUAUACAUAUAAAUUUAUACUAUAUAAAACAUAAAAAUGUUAAAGAUAUUAAGUAAAAAUUAUAUUAUUAGAUAAAAUUUAUGAUUAUUCAUUUUAAAAAUAACCAUUUACAAAAUAAAAUAUAUAAUUUUUUUUUUAUUUUUACUAAAAAUUUGAUAAAAUUUCAAUUUUGUAUAGGACCUCCAUAACGUUAGGUCCGGCUCCCCGGCUCUGCUGUCCAGGUAAGUAGACCUUUUUUUUUACACAAGAAAGUUAUAAUUUAACUGUGCCUUCCAUCACAAGAAAGCAUUGCAUAUUGUUGCUGAUUGAUGACUAUAUUUAUGGUGUAAGUGUGUGUAGAUUAUUUGUAUAUUGGUUCCUAUAUGCACCUUCACUGUGUACUAGUAUUAAUACUUUCGAAGAGAUGUUUAUGAUCUUCAUCACGCCAUUCUCGGUGAGUUCAUUUCUACUACUAAUCAUAACUUCAUCUAUUGAAUUUCAAACCGAAAUACAUACAAUAUUUAUCAUUGAUCCGUGUGAUUACUAAUAUUUGUUAAUUACAAGGUAUCGCAUUCUCAUGUCUUGUGACUGGAGUCACCACGGACUCCAUCAAAGAUGCAGUCGAUUGGCCACGACCUAACUUCUUUUACCGAUGUUUUCCCGACGGUAAACCGGUAUGAAACAUAUCUAUCAAUCUAUUUAAUCAGUUUAUCAUGAUUUUUUAUACUUUUUCUUAUAAAUCUGAAAGGAAUGCAGAAAUUUGACCCGGAAACUAGGAUGUUGUACCAUGGAGUUAAAAAGAUAAUCAAAGAAGGUUACAAGAGUUUCCCUAGUGGUCACACUUCAUGUUAGUUUUAUAAAUCAUUACUAACUAGGUUGCAGCGAACUGUUUCCGGUCUAACUAAGAUGGUUAAGCACGUUAUAUGCAGGGUCAUUUGCUGGUUUAACAUUCUUGGCGUGUUACUUAUCGGGUAAAAUCAAAGUCUUUGACAGAAGGGGACAUGUGGCGAAGCUAUGCCUUGUGUUCUUACCGAUACUCGUCGCAGUUCUUAUCGGAAUAUCACGUGUCGACGACUAUUGGCACCAUUGGACCGACGUCUUCGCCGGAACGAUCAUCGGAACAUUUGUCGCUUCUUUCUCUUAUCUCCACUUUUUUUCCUUACCCAUUCGACGAAAAUGGUAGUAAACAUUAUUUAUACCGUGAUGUCACUGCUUUCUUGAAUCGAGAUCUUCAAGAUUAUGAAUUUUAUUUUACCAAAAGAAAAAGAUUAUGAAUUUUAACAGGGUGGGCCCCACAUGCAUAUUUUAGAAUGUUGGCUGAGAAGAGUGGUCUAGCCACGACAAUGACACACGGAGCGGUUCUCGAGUGAUGUUGGACGAAGACGUCGAGCCUGGUUCCACCUACUUUCCGCACGAUUGUAAUCGAGAAAGCACUAUUCUGAAUUUUAAAUAUUCCCUGCGCAUUUAUUAAUAGAUUCAUCUAUGUAAUUUUAACUAUAUAGUAUGUUUUAAUUACUGCCCCCCCCCCCCCCCCCCCCCCCCCCAAAGUGUAGUACAUAACUGUUGUUUAUGUUUGGUUAACAUUGGUUUAGUGGUUCCCUAAUUUCUUAUCUUGGGUUCAGAUUUCAACACUGGAUCCGUAAUAAUUAAUCAAAGUGAAUCUUCGUUCAAUUUGUAUAUUAUUUUAUAGUACUAGUUUUUAAACCGAUUGUCAGUGGUUUUCUAAAACCGGACUAAAAGCUGAACCGGAUAAUUUUUGGAUCAUAGUUCAAUAUGGUUCGACUGGAUCAAACCUGAUUCAAUAGUUUGGUUUAAUAUAUUUUAGUGUAUAAAUUUAAAAAUAAUGUUAGUAAAUGUGAUAUGUAAUUAAAAUAUAAAUGAAUUUAAACAUAAACAUUAUAAAUUAGUUUUAUGUUUAUAUAGAUAGUUUAUAGAUUUUUGAUGGUUUUAAUAGUUUUUAUAAGUUUAAUAACUUUGAGAUUCCAAUUUGGUUACGUGACCAGUUCAUUCUCGAACCAUUUAUUAAACCUAACUCAGUUAUGUAAUCGGUUCAUUGUCGAACGCAGCUCAACCAUCGAGCCGGUCCGGUUUUAAAAAUAAUGCCGAUUGUAUGGGGUCAAUCAGAGGUUAUGUGUCCUUAGAAUACGAUUGGCCAAUGAAAACAAAGUUGAAAUACAUUUCUAUAAAAUAUUUGAAAUGAACUAAUUAUGGAAAAGGCAAAUAAACCUUACGAAGAGUCAUAACGUUGUUCAAUGUUCAUGAUGGUGGCAACUGGCAACUGAAACGUCCGGUUGAAGUAAACCGGACACAGUCACCGAAGGUUAUCCACAUGGGUUCGGUUUUUCAUUUUUCCAUUAGUGCAGAUUCAUCCACCUUCUUCGAGGUCUAUUUCCUCUGAACAUUUUUUCUCUUCAUCUUUCUGUAACAAUGAACAAAUUUUAAAUUCCAUUUUUUUAUAAAUUAACAAGCAUAAAAUUAAGAUAUGGAUCGUUACAAUUUAUUUUUCAACGAAUAGUUUGUAAAUAGUCAAGAAUUAUUGACAUGAAUUUGUUAUUCUUUUCACAUCAACUUUCCGCAAACAAAUUGCAGCCAACUGUAAUGUUGGAACUUGUAGAGAAUUUAACCAUGUCAAAGGGUACAAAUUAAUCAUUUUAUAUUAAUCAUUCUAUACCAAAUUAAAUAGUACUACACAGCUUUCUAAAAAACACAAAUAUCGACACUACAUUUUGAUAAUUAAUGCCUAUAAAGAAAAGUUUCAUUAUAAGUUUCUCUAACUUGUUACAUUUUAUUUAUUUUGUGAUAAAUUUCAUAUAAAACAUAUAAUAUCCUAAAAUAUAUACAUUUUACUUCUUUUCCAGAUGCAAGACGAAUAUAAUUGAAUUGUAUAUAAGACAAACUAUAAAUUAUAUAUGUCGGUGCUGUAAGCAAAUUGUAUUCUCUUACUAGAUCUUGAAAAUCUUUUUUAUUUACCAAUUGCCGACAAAACUUAGAGAUCUUCAUAUAUUAAAACAGAGACUAAUCUUAAAGUUUCAGAAAAACUUUAAUUUAGAUUCGAGCAACCAGCUUUGGAGGUACUUUUUGUUGCCAUUACGUUAAUAAAAUAUGACGCUGGUACCAAAGUUAUACACAUGGGCUGUGAUCGAUCUAAUAUAAAAAGAUGGAGAAAGAGGCAGAGAGAUUGAAGAAGGUUGAGAGAAGCGUGAAAGAAAGGGAAUUAUUUUCCACUACUCUUUUUUUUCAAGAGGGAGAUAAAUAUUUUUCAAAAAAACUUAAUUUUUCUUUAUAUAAUUACAUUAUUUUAUUUUCUAAAAUCCUACAUAUCUGAUUUUGUCUUUGUCAACCUGGCUUAUAUUUGUUUCUUAUUAUUUGCAUCUAGGAUUAAAUCUUAAAUCUUCUAUUCUACCUUUUUAGAUUAUACAUAUUUGGUUUUGUUUUCAUCAAUCUGUAUAUUUGGUUAUUAUAUUAUUUACAUGUAUAGUUAAACGUUUGCUUACUAAAAUGAACUAUUAAUUCGAAUUUGAAUAGAUUUAUCAAUAUAUAAAGGGAUCCGUUUUAACUAACCUAUCCGUUGAAAAUGGAGACGCCACUCCCACCUAUGUCGCAUCUAGCUUCAAAUCUUACGUCAACCACAGUUGUCUCAACUACCAUCGAUGGAUCCCCACGCGCCGUUGCCAUUGAUACCGGAGGAAACAUGGAGCCCCUGGCGGCCGUUCCCGACGCAAAGCUACGCCUCAUGUGCAGCUUCGGUGGCCACAUCAUGCCUCGUCCCCAUGACAAGGCCCUAACGUACUCUAGUGGCGAGACGCGUCUUGUGGUUAUUGAUCGACGCGCUUCACUGGCCUCGCUAAGAUCUCGUCUCUCUAGUAUGCUCCUCAACGGCCGGUCUUUCACGCUCAAGUACCAGCUCCCUAGCGAAGAUCUUGACUCACUCGUCACCAUCACUACCGAUGAAGAUCUUGAGAACAUGAUUGAGGAGUAUGAUCGUGCGACGUCGUCAGCUACGGCGGCUGCCACGCAACGGAUCAGGCUGUUUCUUUUCGCGAACAAGCUUGAGACGGCUGCUACCAUGGGGUCUCUUCUUGAUAGUGCGAAGUCGGAGACAUGGUUUGUUAAUGCUUUGAACCAAUCCGGUUUGCUUCCUCGUGGCUUGUCGGACUCAGCCGCGGUGAACAACAACUUGGUGAAUCUUGACGAGGUAGGUGAAGGUGAAGCUGAAGUUCAAAAAAUAGGAGCGGAUGAGGGUUGCGUGAACAACAAGCAAGGAGGUUAUGUGACAAACGGUGUGAUCUCUCAUCAGGAGAUGCAUAUGAGUUCGAUGCCUGACUCGCCUAUGAUGGAACCUGCCGGUGGUUCUUCGAUAGGAUCGUCCUCUUCCUCUCCUUCCACAGCCAACUUGCCACCGAUCCGCGUUAGAGUCAGUGAAGACCAGAGGAUGGAACAACAGUUUGCUCAAAUGAGCUUCACAAACGUGGACGGUCAGAGGAAUAUGGAAGAUGGCGCUGGCUUGGUGGCAAAUAGGCCAAUGAUGACCGAUUCUGCGAUGGUGCAUAACAACAACACACCUAUUGAUGGUGCUACUGUUGCUGCUGCCGCUAUGAGCAAUGGCCAGGUUUCACCACAUGACGAUCGAUCCGAUCCAGGUAUGAUGGCUGGAUAUAGGAAGCCACCUUUGCCGAUGCAGCCAGUGGCGAUCCCACAGCGAGGUGCGGGUGGGUAUGGCUUGACAUCUCCUGAUUCUGUUGCAAGUGAUACUAGCAUAUCUUCUGCUACUUCAUUUUCGAAGCCGGUGUACUACCAAGACCAAGCUCCAACUAUGCUAAGAGCCCCGGUAACACAGCCUGAAAUUACUCCGGUCCAAACUAGCCACGGCAUACCUCAGCAUGAACCCACUUCAGCCCAAACCACAUCGCACGUCCUAUCUCAGCCAAGUACAUACACAACUUUGGACCAACAACACCAACCUCCGGUUCAACAACCUUUCUUACACCAAGGUGUUCAAUACAUUCCUCAUCCAUCACAAUACAUCCCGGUUUACCCUCAUCAGCAGCAAAACUACCCAGUUUACGUGAUGUCUGUCCCGCAAUCUCAGCAAUAUGUUCCAGCUGGAACUCCUCCGCUCUAUCCAAACUCAGCACCUGCCACAAACCCAAGACCUGAAGUAGCUCAAAACGUUUACCGGUCCCCUAUAUCACAGAAUCCUCAGGUUCAGCAGCAACAACAACAGACUCAACAUCAUUACAUGGGUUACGCAGGAGGUUCUCAACACAACACAAACGCAAAUCCUAACUACAGUACUGGAGCGUACGAGUACACACAUCCGCCAAACGAGACAAUGUAUUACCAUGCACAACGUCUCCCCACCAACAAUGCUAUUCCGUUAGCUUCUCCGUAUCAAAGCAUGACACCAGCCGCAGCCGCAGCUGCUUUAGCUGAUAUGUCUAAGCAGAUGAGUCUUGCUAGUGACAAAGAGCAACAACAACAUAUGGCUUCGUCUCAACCGCUCUAAGCAUUGACCAGUUAGACAAUGGAUUAUGUUUUUUUUUCUUUACUUAAUACGUAUAACGUCGAGUUCCUUCUCAUGAGAUAUAAAUAUAGACUUUUUAUUAUAUCGUUUUGUAAAGUAUUUUAGUUAUUGUUAUAAUUAAUGUCUAUUUCUGUUUUUUUUUUAAAUAAAAUUUGUUGGAUGA